AAUAUUGAAUCGCUGAUUGAAUAAUCCAGUUCACACAAAGCAAGCCAUGUGCUUAGUUUUAUUGUUCUUCUUCUGUAUAAAGAGAAUAUUGGCGGUGGCUGCUUUAAUGUUUUAUACAACGCAUCAAGCCAUUUGAUAUUAACUAUGGAGAAGAUCACCUUUUACGAGGAGAGAAACUUCCAGGGACGAUUCCACGAGUGUGAUGAUGACUCCAGCGACCUGCUCACGUACUUCAGACACUGCAACUCCAUCAGAGUGGAGGGAGGAUUCUGGGUGAUCUAUGAGAGACCAAACUACAUGGGCUACCAGUAUGUGCUGGCACCUGGCGAGUAUCUGGACUACCAGCGCUGGCUGGGUUUCAAUAACUCUGUGAGGUCCUGCCGCAUCAUUAGGAAUGUGGGGAAUUCAUGGAGGAUGAAGGUUUGGGAGAAGCCGAACUUCGAAGGCCAGUCCAUGGAUUUGACGGACAACGUACCCACCUUCCCCGAGCACUGGCCCAGCCCCAACAUCCACUCCUGCAAGGUCUUAGAGGGAGCCUGGGUCUUCUUCGAUCAUCCCAACUACAGGGGGCGCCAGUACCUGCUGGAGAGGGGGGAGUACAGGCGAUACUCUGAGUGGGGGGGCAUGCAGCCAAGUGUUGGCUCUGUUCGCCGCGUUAGAGAACAGUGACGUACAAGGCUCAACAAACAUGUUGAAAAAUAAAGUCAUUCUAUGAAGAGCUCCA